AUGAGUGCCACUAAGGCGCAAUCUCAAAAGAUCUUUGAGAAACUCAAACUCAAGCCCGCAAACAAGAUAUGUUUUGAUUGCGGUUCAAAAAAUCCCACUUGGUCGUCGGUGCCUUUCGGUAUCUACCUGUGUCUAGACUGCUCGUCCAACCACCGCAACCUGGGUGUCCACAUUUCUUUUGUUCGCUCCACAAAUCUCGACCAAUGGCAAUGGGAACAACUUCGUGUUAUGAAGGUUGGUGGUAAUGAGUCCGCUACCAAAUAUUUCCAAUCGCACGGUGGGUCGGCCGCCCUUGCCGGCAAGGACGUCAAGGCCAAAUAUACAUGUAAUGCCGCCGUGAAAUAUAAGGAGGAACUGAAGAGGCGCGCCGCACUGGAUGCUCAACAGUACCCCGACGAGGUGGAAAUCACGGACGUCCCUACUGGCGUUUCUUCGAAUGGCUCCAGCACCCCCGCUGGUGAAGCUGAUGAUGAUUUCUUUUCCUCGUGGGAUAAGCCAUCGAUCAAACGUCCUAGCAACCCUCCCUCUCGCACUGGUACUCCUCCGGUUGUUAGUCGCAGCGGCACCCCGUUCCUGAAUACCACUGCCAACGGAAACGGCUCGCGCUCGAAGUCCCCUCUCUCGGCUUCCGAAAAGGAUAGUGCGACGCCUGCCCCGGCUGCUAUCAGGGCCAGCACUACGGUCCGCAAAACUUCGUCGGCGGGUGCUGCGAAGAAGGGCAGCGUUCUGGGCGCCAAAAAGGCGCCCAAACUCGGUGCCAAGAAAGUAGGUGCUGCUGAGAUUAUCGAUUUCGAUGAAGCCGAGAGGAAGGCCAAGGAAGAAGCAGAGCGCAUAGAGAAGCUUGGGUACGAUCCGGAGGCGGAGCAGGCCGAGGCGGAGGCCAAGAACAAGACAGCAAAUACAAGUGCUACGGCUAUUGCCUCCCCGACGCCGAUCAGUCCGAACAAGGGUGGUUUCGGGGCCACCAGAAGCUCCCAGGAGCGCAAUUCUAGCGAUGUGGAACGACUGGGUAUGGGCAUUGCAAGGCUAGGGUUUGGCCAGACGGUCGGCUCAAAACCUGCCGCUCCCAAGAAACCGGGCUUUGGAUCCGUUGCUCCUGUUAGGUCAGCUGCCGAUGACGAGGAACUCAAGCAAACCAAAGAUCGAUUCGGAACCCAGAAGGGCAUUUCAUCUGACGAGUUCUUCGGCCGGGAGAGAUUCGACCCCAGUGCGCAGGCUGAGGCCAAGGAGCGCCUGCGAAAUUUCGAUGGCGCUUCUGCGAUCUCGAGCAAUGCGUACUUUGGCCGCCCCGAAGAUGACCUUCCCGCUGCGGAUGAUACAUACGGAGACCUGGAGGGUGCAGCAAAGGACUUUGUCCGUCGCUUUGGGAUCACGGCAGGUGAUGACCUUGAAAAUCUCACGCAGCUCGUUGGAGAAGGGGCUGUCAAAUUGCAAGGCGCUAUACGCAGCUAUCUGAACAGCUAA